UCCGCAUUUCGUUAGGGAUAAGGCUCAACUACGAGAAUCUUUUGAAAUCCAACUUCGAUCUUUGCAUAGCGACCGGUUCUCCCAUCUCCCACCAUGCACCUCCUCACUCAACCAACGCAACACUUGGCGUAUUAAUACCAUACGGUAUCACAACAACUCUUGAGGACGGUAAUUUUAGAGAAUGACAGGACCUCGCUUAUCCCUGAUCCUCUUGGCGUUGCUGCCGUUGUCGAUGUAUCAUCGGCUUUCCUUGGCAGCCGGUGACACGGUGCACUCUGAUCUUCUACUACGGCCAGUGAUUGACUUGGAUGUGGAUACCUUUGCUCCCACUAUCCAGUCACAACAUACGUGGACUUGUCUUCUUUUUUAUGAUCGUUUUGUUCAAGACAAUAACUUGGACAAACUCAUGUCAUCUCUACAAGAACGCUUUGCUACCUCCAUGGACGUUGGCUUUGCCAAACUCGACAUUCGACGCCAUUCUGCCUAUCGUCAAGCAUAUGACGAGCAAGAGGAAGAACUACCGCAAAUUGAAAACUUUUACAAGGACUUUUUGGAACAUGCUACUGACUUGACCACACUGAGCCAUGUGUCUUUUUUGAAUUGGCCAGGUGAUUUGUACUUUCCACCCAAGUUGGUUCUCAUGAAAGGCGACAACUACAAUGUCUAUGCCACCGUUCCCAAUAUUAACCAGUGGUAUGCUCAUGUGGAACUACAACUUGAUAUUGCCACUCAAUGGUUGGAAACAGCCUUGCAAGAUGUACACGACAAUCCAAAGACCAUGGCUCAAGUCAUGUCGCCGAUUCAACGAGAAGUCCAAAGAGCCAAGAACUAUCAUCGGCAUGACAUCAAUUCCUUUCCAGGGUUGGAAGAAUACAUGUACCAGUUUCAUAAAGAAUCUGACAGCACCCAGAACUUGUCGUCGUCGCCACAUCGAUAUCAAAACUGGACCAAGCGGUCGUAUAGUGAUUCCCUCGCUUGGUUGGAGCAGUUCGCAGUGGUUGUACACAGGUAUCUAAGCUGGGUUGAUGGAUAUGAAAAUCUAUGGGAUGAAGAGCGAAGAAAGCGGGAAGAUGAACAAUGUCAGUUUGGCAUUCAUUUGGACACCCUCAAUCAACAGCUGCGCAUGCUAGUGGACAACAUGUUUGACAACAAGCAGGACAGAGGACCCAGAAAGAGACGGGUCCCGGUGAUUUUGAAGGGAUAUCUCGAUGAUUUUAUCUUUGGAUACGGCCGAAGUCCGACUAGCUUGCGGUGGUACCUGCAGCACGAACUCAAGGACAAGUUGGGCAAUACACCCGCCGAGAGACGGGUGGCCCGCAAAAUAACGGAUCCAAACAGUUUUGAGUUGAUAAAGCGGUUGAGACAGUACAUGAAAGUGUAUGAAGUUAUUAGCCUUGACGAGGACACCUACAAAGAUGCCUUGGCACGGUUGGUAUCCGAGUGGCAUAACCUGGUUGGGCAGUUUCAUGGGAAUCUACAACAGAGCUAUCUGCAGUACUUGGAAAAGCAACGAGGCGUUGGCACUUCCAAUCAUCACAAGACAAUACAAGUGCUAGAUAUGAACGAACCAGGGAACCAUGUGUUGCUGACAAACUAUACGGCGUUUCAUCAAACAUACACUCAACCAAGAAUACCCGUUCUUUUGGAAAAUGUCAACAUGACAACCCAACAAUACACACUCGAGUAUUUGCAAGACGUGUGCGGUGCCAUGGAUGUCACGAACAAUGUCUAUCACGAGGCCACAAGUGGUGGUCGAUGGGGCGCUCUGGAACGUUUUGAGUUGCCAGAUGAGCUAUUGAAUGAUGCACGUCUUGACGGAAGUGACUGGGAUUCUGAUGGCGCCGAUCGAAGCUUGACGCUUCAACAGUACUUGGUCCUGUCGGAGCACCUAGACCAUCUUUCUUUGCAUGACGUUAGUUUGCCAAUGCAUUGUGCCCGCAUCCUACAUGACGAAACACUAAAUGAUCCAGCACCACUCCAAAAGUUUCGUCUGCCAACCGUGGCAGCAGGCUACGACUUGCUGCAACGACUUCCUCUGUAUGGGUCUGCCAGAUCCGGGCCCUCACUCUUGAUUGAAAAGAAGGGUUCAAAAUCCAAACUGAACAUUAACCGAGCAGCUACGGGAUAUUUCAUGUACCUCAUUAGCGGGCGCAAAAGAUGGAUGGUGGCCCAUCCCAGUGAACGCGUCUUCUUGUAUGAAGAUCUGAACAAUGACGCUGUAGUUUUGCCAGAUGUGCUGGCGAUGGACAUGGACCCAGAAAGGUUUCAUCAGAUGUAUCCACUGCUGAACAGAGUCGAGAACAUGUACGAGGUGAUACAAGAACCUGGACAAUUGAUGUACAUCCCUCCGAAUUCUCCCCAUGCAGUAGUCAACCUGGAGGAUACCAUUGGCGUUGCCCUCAACCUUGUAUCUUUGGAUGCAUUUGCCGAUCACCUGCACAAUCAGAUCCAUGCGGACCGGGACUUUGCAGAGGUAGAUCUUGCACUCAGAUAUUGGCUUUUUGAUGACGACGCAGAGCUACCCAUUGAAAGAUCAAGCGACGACUUUUUGUACACCAGCUUUGCACACUAUAAGGGCCAAUAACAAUUCGUCGCAGAUGAUGUUGCACCCCGAAGAUUGACUAGAAUAUUAUUGAUUGGUGUUUACAUAAUCGUCACUGCAUACUACGUGACAUUUACAUGCAGAUGCAAUGUUUAUUCUGGUAGUUCCAUGAGACCAAAGAAGAGCUUGUUGCUUUUUCCCCUUUGGCAUCCUCCUCACUACCAUGCUACACACAAUAUUUACAACACUGCCUUUCCGACAAGGAAAGAGACACCAGAAACAGCAGCAACAACCAUGGUGGAAAUGUAUCCAUACCAUGUCCAUGGCGCCAAUUUGCUCGAGUAGCGUUUGUCAGCAUCCCCAUCUGCUGCAGCGUAGCACAUGGACAGUGUGUAUCGUCCAAUGGCGUACACUGUCAAGGUGGCCGCGAUUGUGAUUGGGUAGUGGACAGCUCCCACCAUGCUGAGCAAGCAUGUCUGGGGGAAGGUUUCAAAGAUUUGUUGGUGGGAUCGCUGGACGCAAUUGAAGGCCAGAGCAUUCUUGGAGGUGCCUUGAGCAUACAGAUUGGGCAUGCCGUAGCGCGCCUUGACUUCCUUCUCGCCGUCCUUUUCUGCCAAUUCGAUGUACUUGUUCCUGGCAGCUCCCACCACCAAAAAGCCGUGAAUUAGAAUCCAAAAGCUCAGACCAGCCAAAAUGACAGGAGUAAUACCAAAGGCUUGGGGUAGCCCGGUUGGACCAACUCCGUCCAAACCAAUGAGUGUGGAUGGUUCAUACUUGGACUCCAAGAAUGCUCCCGUAAAAGCCGCCGCAAAACUGAUGAUCAUAAUGUGAGACAUCUUGAAGAAUGGAGUAGUUUUUCUGAAUUACUUGUUGGUUUUAGAGCCCUCUAGCUUGUGUCGGUGAAUUCUUGGACGAUGUCGUUUUUGUGAGAGGAGAGGUACAUGUAGAUCGAGUUGAAGAGGAACAAACGAACAAACAUCAUUGUACUGUAAGAUAGCAAGCAACAGCCACCCAAUGCGAGACCCUUCAGUUCACGCCCAAUGCGAGAGCAUGCUUGCGCACCCGCAACGAAGGUCAUCGUUGAUCUUCGAAGCCUUAGCUCAAUCUUGCCGAAGUUCUUCGAAUGUU